UAUCUUGUAACACGACAUAUUUCAUAUAUAGCAGUCUUUGAAAUCUUCAAACCAAAAUAUAAUGAAAAACCUUUAUACAGAAAUGUAGCGCAGUAAACUUACAAUGGAAUAAAUGGACAGAUAUACAUGAAUCCCAUAUGAUAUAUAUUAGGAGAUUUCAUCAUAUCGACUUACCUUCUGUUUGUAAGAAAUGGUGUAAAGCAUUAUCAUGUCCAUGUACCUCAUAACACUUUUAGUCAUUAAUAUUGAUGCUGUGACAACAGUCAAAAUACUUAGUACCAUCACAUUUUUAAUAAGUGUCUUCAAUAUUUCACUGGUGAGUUUGUAUGUAUCUUCACUUACUUGAAGAAAUGUCUCCUCCCUUUACUAAUCUCAUGUUUUUGAACUGGGAAAUGAGCCCCAGCUAGAGACAGCUGUGAUGUGCUCAUCAGCUUCAGUUUAAAUAUAAUAGAUUACUGUUUAUGAAUAUAUGUUGUGCAUGACUGACCAAGCUGUUCAAUAAUAAAGUCAGAUGGUAGAACGUUACAAGUAGCCUACCCAUGCAGAGUCUUACAGUUACUUCUAAAGGAGAUAAAGGUUGACUGGUGAAUAAUGGAUUCACUCGAAGAACAGCUCUUUACUGCAGUUUCAAGAGGAGACACAAAUUGUGUAAACUGCCUUUUGGCCCAAGGGGCAAACGUAAAUAUUGUAUGCUCAUCAGGAAGGACACCUCUUGGAACAGCAGCACAAAUGGGGAACAUGGCCAUUUUACAAAUAUUACUAGAUGCAGCUAAUGUCCCUGCUGCUCUUUCUGAAAACUUCUAUAAACAAGAGCAGGGAAAUCAUCAUCAUUUAAAGUACAGGAGUAAGAAGAACAGGCAUGACUACCCUCACACUAAUAGUUCAAGAAAACAUGCAGGUGCAUUUGGGCAUAAGGAUAAUUUAUCAAGUAAAACAACUAAUAUUGGUGCUGCUUGCCAGGAUGUGAACAGUGAAGUUGCGAGAAAACAGGGUUCUCUUGACCUUACCUCUGAUUUGGGAUUAGACUCUACAAUGAUGGAUUUAAGUAAUCCUUCAAGCAAAACACAAAAUUUGGGUUAUUUUAUUGUGGUUCACAAAGAUAGGAGUGCACUCCAUUCCCCAAAUAGUAAGGAGGAAGAGAAUUUAAAGCAUACAUUCGAUGAGAACUGGAAUCAGGACAUGAAUGAAUGUGCUAGUUCUUGUGUUGGAGUGCAGAGUAAUGAAAUAUCUGCGAGCGCUCUUAAUGAUGAUCGGACACCUGAUGGAAUGGAUAGGCUGGAAUGGGAUGUUGAGGUUGAAGACAAGGAAAAGAGUAGUGAGGGGGGAGAAGAGGAUGAUUCAUGGGCUUCCCUCUAUCGCUGGUAUGCUGACAUCCUGGAUCGCACCAGUUCUCUUCUCCAGUUGCCCCAGCACUGUGACGUGAACCAUCAGGAUGUUUAUGGGAGAUGUGCUGUGCAUUAUGCUGCAGAACAAGGGCAUGUGGAUGCCUUACAUUUGUUAACAGCAGCAGGAUGUCGAUUGGAUAUUGGGGAUUCUGAUAACCUGACCCCUCUUCAUCUUGCUGCUGCUCGGGACCAUUAUACAGUUGUAAAAAUGCUACUCACUGCAGGUGUCGAAGUUAAUCGUAAAACAAGUGAUAAGACUUCUGCAUUACACAUUGCUGCAACACGAGGUUUUAUCGAUACUGUCAGAAUGUUGUUGGAUGGUGGUGCAAACAUUGACUCCUUAGAUGCAUCUGAUCGUACACCACUGAUACUUGCUGUAUUACGAGGACAUGAUGAUGUUGUUGCACUUCUUAUCAAGCAUGGGGCCAAAGUUAAUAUUGAGGAAAUUCAUGGUUAUACUCCACUCUGUGAAGCAGUGUGGCAGAAGGUGGUGCCCAUGGUCCAGAUGUUAUUGGAUGCUGGUGCUAAGAUAACUCAGUCUCAUUUCCUUCUUCAUUAUGCCAUCAUGCACAGGCAUAUUGAAAUGGCUGAACUGCUUCUGAAAGCUGGAUCAAUUGUGAAUUUGCGUGAUGACAAUGGUGAUUCACCCCUGAUUGUUGCUGCUAGGACAGGGGUGUGCCAACUUGCAGAACUCUUGCUUAGGAAUGGUGCAGCUGUAAAUUAUCCAAAUGCUUUAACUGGAAGCAUGCCAUUGCAUGAGGCAGUGGAAUUCAUCCGUGAAUCAAAGUACUCUACUUUUGAGUCAAUGUUCCAUAUCUUGCGAUCAUAUGGAGCAGUUUUGAAUGUGCAGACAUGUACCGGUGGUGACACUCCAUUAUUUAGAGCAAUUCUCUUGGAGAAAGAUAGAGCAGCAGCGCUUCUGAUUCGCCAUGGAACUGACGUGAACCUCUGUGAUGUAGGAUCAUGUGUAGUAGACAACCUUUGUCUGGCUAGAAAACGAAACAACUUCCGUUUGGCUCAGAUGAUAGUUUAUGCUGGUUUUGAUCUUCAACAUUGUACUCCUGAUCUCCAACCACCGCCAAAAUCAAAGGCACUGUCAAUGGAUAAUUUACGGGAUUGGCUAACCUAUAUGAAAUUUAAUCCAAUGAGACUAACUGAACUAUGUCGAUUGGUAAUCAGAGCGCAAAUGGGAGAGAGAGUUUGCGAAAAGAUCGCUUCUUUGUAUUUUCCUUUAACCUUAAAGAAAUAUGUUCUAUUAGAAGAUAUUGAUUUUUGUGAUUGAUUUACAGGCCUCUUGUUGUCAAUAGUGGUAAUGCAGUGAACUCAAACAGUUACGAGAAAGCAAUGUUUGUAUUUUAUAUGCAAAUUACAUUAGGUGAGAAAUGAAAGCACACUGUGGAAUCCUGCUAUUAUUAUUUAUGUAUGGAAAAUCCAAUCACCUGGUCCUCCAGGUUGGGGGUUGAUGCGGUGGGCCAGCUCCUCAUCCGUCGGAAAAAACUAAAAUGCUAAAAAAAUCCUAAUAAAAAUAAGCUUCGGAAUAUAUAAAACGAUGGUACAAAGCGUGGCUCUUUAUGGAGCAGAAAUUUGGCAACUCUCAGAACAAAAAAAAAAUAAGUUGAGAAUAAUGGAAAUGGAUUUACUAAGAAGAGCGGCUGGAAUAUCCAGAAGAGAGAGAGAGAGAAAUGAAAGGAUUAGAGAAAUCAUGAGGGUGGACCGAGAUAUAAUUGAGGAGCUAGAGAAAAGACAACUGAUUUGGUACGAACACGUGCAAAGGAUAGAGGGGGAAAGGUUACCAAAAAAGACUAUGAAAUGGCAACCAAAAGAGAGAAGGAA